AUGGCUCCGAUUAUUCCACAAUUGUAUCCCGAGGUAUCAUGGGAAGAGUAGUCUAACUUCCCCAUCCGGAAAUAUCCAAAUAUGGGCAUAAAAUUUUAUCGAGCCAGCGAGACUAUUGUUUUUGUUAGCGGUUAUUUUCAAUAUGGAGGAUAUACGUAGUCAUGAAACCAUGUAAGACAAUUGUAGCAACUUUUCCUGUUCAUAUUUCUUUCAGGGAAAGAAGCUGGAGAUGUCUUUCACCACCAUUAACACUCUGCAAGAUCGAGAAGCCAUUCGCGUGAAAGCAUUGGUGAGUGUUUCUAACUGACUGAAACUUUGCGAUAGUCGACUGAUCUUUUCUUUUGGGUCGAAGUUAUGACGACUAAUGAUUUAUUCAUUCUAAAUGUGAACAAUGUUUUUGUUCUUUUCGUCUCAGUUAUGUGAUGGCAGUUUGGUUAGAUGUUUUUCCGUUGAUCCACAUAUCACUUCCUUUAAUAACAUUCAUCAUUUAUUGAAACGAGCUUUCCAACUUCAAGGGUAAGUGUGUGAAUUUAAACUUAUCUUAAGAAUAGUAGAGUCGAAGUCAGUGUUAAUUAUUAAAAGUUAAUGUGAAUUGAUUUGAAAAAAUGACAUCCUACUAAGCUGCAACCACUCAUAAAUAUCAUUUUCCAAAAAUAUGUUUUCUAAUUGUUCAUAUUUUUAAAAAGUCGAGGGUAUCUUUUCACAAAGGUAUUGAUUGCGUUUGUGAUGUUGAGGCUUAACUAAUAAAAUGAAGGCCCAUGUCCUAACUGAGGAUUUGCUAAUAAACAUUUAUUGGAUGAGGUUUUUGUGACAUCCAGGAUAAUCAAGGUCAAGGUAAGUGUUAUCAGCUGAAGGCCGAGGCUGAUCACAGUUACCGAGACCUUGAUUCAGUAGGAUAUCACAAAAACCGAAUUUAAUGAUUGUUUUAUUAUACAUUGUUUUGAAGAAAAUAACUACAAACACACUGUCACAAAGAAGCCGGCCUGAAUUGGUGUUGUUAUUGGAAAUCAUGCAUUGUGCAUGUAACCUACAGAUUAGUCAGUUAUCUGCUAGUAGAUAACUAACUAAUCUGUAGGUUGCACUGAUUUCCAAAAUUAGCUGUAGGCUCUUAGCUAAUGAGAAGACAGAUAGUGAGUACAAUGUAUUUUGCUUCUUAGGCAAUUUAUAAUCACUCAUGGAUAACAAAACCACUGCAAAUUGCACCAAUUAAUAUAAGUAGACCAGCAUUCACCCAUUGCUUGUUUUUGACAUCUCUGGGUAAUAAGUGAACACUAGCUUCAACUUCAGACUGACUUUAGUCUAUUGAACAUCAGCUUGUUUGCUUUACAAAUACCUUUGGAAGCUGCUUGAAAUAAAUGUGAAACAUAAUUAUGUGUUGUCAGCUGAAUUCAUGUGCCUGCUUGAUGCUUAUUAGUUCUCAAACAAAAUGUUCUUUUGUUUUAGUGAUUGGCGCAUUAGAAUAAUAGAAACAAUGUUUACAAACAUGUGCUAUCACUGUAGAGGGCGCUAUCUCAAAAGAUUAAUUUCCCUAGAAAAUGUUUUAAAGGUUAUCUGCCUAAGCACAUCAUGGAUCCCUCUUAUAAGUGUGUCAAAAUGAUGCAGUCAAAUUUAGUUUUUUUCUCAAGGGGGGAAAUCUUCCCCUUCGUAAUUAGAUGGUUUGUGUGUGGGGGAAAUUUGUUUUGAAACAAAAUAAUUUCUUGGGUUAGUUAAUACCUAGCCUGAGAAAGCAGCCAACAUUUUGCACCACCACCACUGGUUUCCCCGCGGAAUUACAUGUGAGAAACGAGCACAGAAAUUCUAUGCUGAUGACUCCUGGGUAGUGCUUCUGAUUGGCUGAAGCAAAUUUCUCACACAGCACAACCAGUCAGAAGCACUACCCAGAUCUGGUUAGUGAUGCAUCAUCAGUAUGGAGUUUCUGCACUCAUUUCUCAGAUGUCAUUUCACAGGGAAACCAGUGGUGGCAUUGCAAAGUGUCAGCUGUUUUCUCAGGCCUGUUUACUGCAGAAGGGGGGGAUUCAGAUCCCAAGAAAUGAACCCACACUACUGUUCAGAAAGAGUAGGGGACGUAGAGUUCUUUGUGUGGCCUGUCUGGAAGCACAUGUGAGAGCAGAGAGCCUCUUCUCUCCCCAUAGCACAUUUCUGUUUUGGUAUAAUCUUGCUGUUGCCUUUUAGUUUACACUCAAAUAUGUUGUUGUUUAAUCUCGUAGAGACUUCGAAAUAUCUUACCAGCUUCCACAAACCAGUGAAAAUGGCAAGAGACCUGAUGUUUUCCUCUCUCUUACAUCAGACUUUGACCUAGAUGCUGCAUUCAUGACUGCUUCUUUACCAUUUUUGAGCCUCAAGAUUGAACCUGUUAUAUGCUCAGGUGAAAUUUGCAUGAUCCUUUAAUAGUCAGAUUAUUGAUGUCCAGAAAGCACAUCAUCUGAAGCAACAUGUGUUUCUGGCUUGGUUUUAGUAAGAGUUGCUCUUAUUGUGUUUGUUUCUUGUUGGAGAUGCCCUAGAUUGAAUUUUAUAAUCAACUCCAAAUAAUUAUUGAAGAUUCUGGUAUGCUAUUAAAUGCUGUAGUCAUGAUGACAAAAUAAUGUGAGAUAGAGAAUCACCACGAAGAAACUGAGAAGGGCAUGUGAAGGGCUAUUUUUUAAGCCUUAUGUUUUGCUGUUGGGCAAAAAACUCCUAAUUUAUUAUCAAAUUUAUUUAUAGGUAUCGUGAUAAUACUAUUUAAUUUCUUACUCAAAAUGGUCCCCUUUGAUCCUUUGUCAUCUCAGGGCAUUACUAAUUUGAAUUUAAGAUAAAGCAUUAUAGUGACCUGAAUUUUUGCAAGAACACUGUGGGUACCAUGGAUACAAAAUUUCUCUUGCUAUUGAUUUUGUGAGAAAAAGAUAUGAGAGCCUUUUGGGUCCCCUCUUUUAUUUAAGGAUUCCCUUCUCUAUAAAAAUGAAUAGGCUUAAGAUAUCACAGAUUUCAAUUUAUUUUGAGUGAGUGCCCACUCACUUUUGAGGAUGUCUUUGUUUAAAUGUAAAUGGUAUCUUGAAAGUGUACUGUAUAAUGUAUGAUGUUGUUGUACCAGUUGUCAGUAUUUAUUAUUUACGUUUUGUGCAUAUAAUCUAGUCUAUGCACAGACCUUUUAUUUUUUCGUAAGAGAUAAUGUCAGGCGAGUUUAUUAGAAUAAAACUGUGGGUAAUUUUUUUGGCUGCUAGUGCAAGGGUGGGAUGGCGAAAUGAGAAAAUAGAAAGUCUGUGGAGAUUUUUGAGAGCAAUUUAAAUUUGCUGUCUCCAAAAGAAGCAAAUCACUAUUGGCUAAACAGUGAUUAUCCUGUUACCAUCAUGUCAACUGCUUACAUAUAUAUCAUGCUUGUGUCAUGUGGCUUGCAGCACUUCUGUUUUCUUCAAGGUGCUUGCCACAUUGUGUCGCUUUUCAUUAUAAAGCUCAAUUCAUUGAUUGCAACGCACUUGCAACUUGGGCAUAAAAUUAAUGUAGCCUUGAACUACAGUGGAACCUUGAUAUAACAAAGGGCCAAGGGACUGGCAAAAUAUGUUUGCUAUAAUGAGAUUUUGUCAUACAAGGGUCUUUUGCCAUAUAGUUCACUAUUACUGGGCAAAAUAGAAUUGUGUUAUACUGAGGAUUUUGUUAUACAGAGGUUCAUUAUAUCAAGGUUCCAGUGUAUCAUAAUGAAGAGCUUGCUUGAUGACUGCUGAUAGAGAUUUUCAAGGUGGAUUCUUUUUGAAAGUGGAGCAACAGCAAGAUGUGUUAACCGUAAUUUAUUGAGGCUUAAGUUGUUGUGGAAGAAUGACCCAUAUGAGCUAUACUUCUUUUGUUUCUUAGACAGUUUUUUUUUCCUGUGUCGCAGAUGAAGGUCAAAAUGACUGGACAUUCCUUGAAGCCACUGAAGCUCCCCUGACAAACAAUGUACAAUCCACUGGGGUCUCCACAAAUGUGCCUUUUCACAUAUCUUUGAAACAUCAAAUGGAACGAACAUUCAACAAGAUAACCAGAGCAUUUGGAGAAACAAUCCGACGGGGACCUUUAAGGGAAAUUGAAUGGCAGUCUCAUUUAGACUCUGAAGGUCGAGUGCUUGGUAUUGAUGAGUUAUGGGCCAGGAUAUUCCAAGGAGGUGGACUUGAGCCUGGUUUACGUAAAGAGGUCUGGCCUCAUCUCCUAAAUGUGUUCCCCCCUGACUUGACCAAAGAAGAGAGAGAAAGGCACUUGAACAUGAAAUCACAAGUUUAUGAACAUCUUAAAUCAAAAUGGAAAGCUCGAAAUCACAAAGAAAUAGAAUCCAUUACCCAUCUAAUAAUGAAAGAUGUGUUGCGAACUGACCGUGGGCACCCUUAUUUUUCUGUGCCAGACGAUCAUAAGAACAUGGAUUCUUUGUUUAACCUGUUGACAACUUAUGCCAUAGAAAAUCCUGAUGUGUCUUAUGCCCAAGGAAUGAGUGAUCUGGCGGCACCUUUGCUAGUUGUCUUUGAUGAUGACUCGGUAGCAUACACCUGUUUUUGUUCUCUAAUGGACAGAAUGAAAGGACAUUUUCUGUUGGAUGGGAAAGCAAUGACACUCAAGUUUGAGCACCUUUCUCUGUUGGUCCAUCGCAUGGAGCCAGAACUGUUCAAGUAUCUCAUGAAUAUUGGUGCAGAUGACAUGUUUUUCUGCUAUCGCUGGCUUCUUCUUGAUCUGAAGAGAGAGUUUCCCUUUGAGGAUGCUCUGCAGUUGAUGGAUGUCACCUGGAGUUCGAUAACACAGCCAUCUAAAGCCAGCUCAGCUGGUGGGGUGGCCAGAGUGAACUCAGCGGCAAUUCUCAUGCAGAAUGGCUACUUUGGAGAGGAUACCAGUGUUGGUGUAGAGCAGGAUUCAGACAGUGAUCUGGAGGAUAGUGCCUUUUGUCAAUUAAUGCCAAAAUCUGUGGAUCAAACAACAAAACUGCUUCCAUUGCCAGGCCCUUAUCAACUGGGCGAUGGUAAUCCUUUUGUUCUGUUUAUGUGCUUGGCCAUAUUAUCACUUCACAAGGAUCACUGCGUGCAAAAACAAAUGGAUUACAACACUCUUGCCAUGUACUUUGAUAAACUGGUUCGAAAGCAUGACCUUUCUAAAACACUUGUAAAAGCAAGAGCUUUGUAUGCUGUAUAUUUGAGCUCAUUUGGAGAUGCUAAGUGUGUUGAAACACAAGUUAAGGAAGAUUCUAAAGCACCAUGGUGUAGUCAGGAGCAACUUAUUGAUGUUCCACUCAAAACAAACCAUUUUGUUGAGUGUUGAUGAACAGUGUGGAAUCUUAAUCAUGGCUUCACUUAGAUGUCAGUAGAUGCCUGUUGAUUAAUUAAAUGUAGUGCUAGUGCUGCUUGUCUGUAGUUAGUGAAAGAUAUUGUUCCAAUUUUCAAUACCAUUUUGUGAAGGUUAUUUCUAACUUCAAGCCAGUCCUACUGACUGGUAUCUGAUGUCAAAAGAUGAGCCAAUAUAUAUUUUUAUUAUAAGAGCUAUUAUUGAGGGCCACAGAUUUUGCCUCCUGGCUAUUUUGGUAGGAAAAUGAUAUUGCUUUGACAAAAAAAGGAAAUAGGGAACGGCAACGGCAACAGCAAGGAUAACUUUAGCUUAAUAUCCUCUAUAAAAGGUGAAAUUAGGCAUUAGUUUUCCCAUCAUAGCACUGCAGUGACGGCAAAGAAAUGCACAGAAAAGUGUGCUUCAUUAAAUUUCAGCUAAUAUAAAAUUUAAUAAUAAUAAAAGUGUCACAAGGUGCUCACUCCACAGCAUAUAUGUUGGGAAAAUCUUAAAUUUUUUUGUUUGAGAAAUCUCUAUAUCUGCAGAAAUUAAUGAGCUAAGAAGCAAAUUUACAAUAUUCUUGUUGGUGACUAAAUACUGUUCUGCUAUUUUAAAUGAAAGAAAUAGGUUAAAAUAAAUAAUUAUUUUGUCAUAAUAGGAGC